GUUUUUCUCAACUCUCAACACCCCGUUAACCUCCACAACCACGUUGGCCGUCGUACGCUUGAAAGCUUACCACCAAACGUCCGUUGCACAGCUGUACUGUAUAUAUAACGAGUUCUCAUGUUGCGCGGGGGAGGCAUUCCGAUGGGUACGUUGAUGGUGUUACGGCUCGUGCCGGCUUACGAGGUUUUUGUUUCUCGGAAGCACUUCCGUCAGAGAGACUCGUCAUUGGGGGGACUAGACAGAAGGGGAACGAAAUGCGCGCAUGAUGGAAAUCCCAUAAAAAGGGUGGGGUCGAUGGUCGACCUUCCAGUUUGCUCAGACAAGAGUGAUCCAACCAAAAGUGGGCCAGACUUUCUCCGAUCGUCCGAAGCUUGCACAUCAUGCACUCCACCCGCCUCACCGCCUUCCUGCUCCUCGCCAGCAAUGCGGCAGUCCUCGCCUCCCCCAUCCUACCCUCAUCCCUCAACACCACGUGUCCUACAGGCCUAACCGGCCCCAACUGCACCUUCUACGCGGUCAAACCCACCCUGCAGACAGGCCCCGCGGGCGCGGAUGGCGACGACCCUACGGUGUGGGUGUCGGAUAGGCAUGCGAGGGACUCGGUGGUGAUUACGACGAAUAAGAAGGGGAAGCAGGGGUUGUUUGUGUUUGAUUUGGAGGGAAAACAGAAGCAGUUUGUGGAGGCGGGGAAGCCGGAUAAUGUGGAUAUACUCUACGACGUCCGCUUUGGCAAGAAGAAGGUCGAUUUGGCUGUCACCGCCUGUCGCACCGACGACACGCUCUGCUUCUUCCAGAUCGAAGACGGAAAGCUCAACGCUAUCGACGGCGGUGUCCAGCCCGUCGAGCCUGGGUUUGAAGUCUAUGGAUCGUGCGUGUAUCAGUCACCCCAGACCCGCAAAUCCUACGUUUUCGUCAAUUCCAAGACGUCAGAGUACCUUCAAUACGAGAUCCUAUCCAGCAACGACGCCCUCAACAACUGCAACGCCAACCUAACUUCCCCCGGCCCCAGGCAAAAGCACCCAAAAUCCACCCCAACCCUCCGCACCACACUCGUCCGCCGCUUCAACGUCGGCACCGGCGGCCAAGUCGAAGGCUGCGUCACCGACUCCCUCCACGGGCACCUCUACGCCUCCGAAGAAUCCCACGGCCUCUGGCGCUUCCCCGCUGAACCCACCUCACCACCCACCCCCUACCUCGUCGACACCCUCACAACGAACGGCGGACACAUGUACCGCGACGUCGAAGGCGUCACCCUCUUCCACGGCAAGCGCGGCUCGGGCUACAUCCUCGUCUCCUUGCAAGGCGUCAACGCGUACGCCGUGUACACCCGCGCCGCCGUCCCCGUCUACCUGUUCACGUUCAGCAUCGUCGCGGACCCCGCCAAGGGGAUUGAUGAGGUUACGGAGACGGAUGGGUUGCAUGUGCAGGCGACGGGGAUGGGGAGCUUUGGGAAGGGGUUGUUGGUCGUGCAUGAUGAUCAUAGGGACCCGACGGCGGAGGAUCCGAACCCGGAGACGACGUUCAAGUACGUGAGCUGGGAGAGUAUCGCCGAACACCCACUGCUGCCAAAGGCGUUGAGGCUGCAGAGCAAUCCGGGGUAUGACCCGAGGAAGUGGGAUAAGGCCGAGAAUUAGAGGCAGAGUGUUCACGUUGUUUAUAGUAGUAGCUUUCAGCGUUAAGAGUGCCAUGAGCCCGAUUCGCAUAGAGAACAGAAUGCACCUAUACGCUACAUUCUUCCAGAAUUAGAAGCAGUACAGCCUGUUUCCAAUGUAUAUUCAUGCAUCCCCCUCCCCAAGCCCCACAUACGCCGGUGUGAGAGAGUCUCAACGAUGGUCUGAACGCCAUGGACUCCCACUUGGUCGCUC